GUCGUCCUGAUGCUUCAACUCAGAAUGGUCACACUGGAAAAAAUCAAAAAUAGGAGCAUCUACAGGACUGAUUGAUAGCGUCUGUUAAAAUGGAAUAUCUCAAGCUUCUCAACGCCGAAUUGACUGACCAGGUCCAGAAGCUGCGCUUGGAGGCGGCCGCCUACAGGUCGUAUCAAGUUCAAUUGCAACAGGACUACUUUAAAGUGCGGGAGGAAAUGGCCCUGGAACGCAAAGUCAAUCGCAGCAAGAUCCUGAAUUUGAUAAAGCAUUUGAUGCGUGACCAUUCCGUAGACGUAGAUGACAUUACGGAAAGCAUGGAACUGGAUUCUCCGCCGACCGAGACGCGCCGCACCUCGAGGGAAAUGAGCCGGAUUAAUCGUCGCUCCUGCGAGUUGCUGGCCUCCAAGUUCGUGUCUCCAAGUAGCCGUCGUACGAGCGGCUCCGCUAGAAUCCGCGAAUCGUCGCAAGACCAAAUGGCUGAGGAAAUGGAUUGUGAGGAUUCUGUGAGUAGCGAACCUCCAGAUGAGCAGCCGGAUGAAGAAACGCCGCCAGAUGCAAUCGAGAGGACACCGGAAAAACAAUAUAGUUUCCAAGGGCACAUGCCCUGUAUUAAUGAGGUACUAACUCCAGUAAACAAUACAAGCUCAGUUUGCAACGAUGAUACGGCAUUGGAGAAGACCCCAGUAACGGUCCGAAAUGCUCCAUCCAUUCGGAGUAGAGUUCUGCAGGAAGUUAAUACCAACACGACAGCCCCCAUCGCUCAUAACAAAACCAAGAAAAUACCUUCUAUAAUCAUUACCGCGGACGAAUCGCUAGACAUGAGCAUCCAACCAGCAAGACAUGCAGUCGGCAGGCACUCCUACUCGCCUGCAAUGGUUAGUUCAGACUCGUUACAACAUCCAGAUCCACCUGGAGCUCGGAAAAAUACGUCACGAGCCAAAAAUCAAGGAAAAAAUGGCAAGGUUCCUUUAGUCAUUCCAGACAGCGAAUCGACGGACGUGAGCGUUAUAUCGUUGGAUGAUUCUAGUCUUAUGCAAAGCCCAAGGCGCAGCCAGUUCGAGGCUAAUGCCGCAAAAACAACUAGCACUCCCAACACCUCUGUAGCUGCCAAGCCAAGAAAGGAAUCAUCCAAAUGUAAAUCCAAGCUGGAAAGUUCAUGUACUAGCCCUGUUCAGAGGCCAAGUCGCAGAUGCCGACCCGCCGAACUAAAGGAGCCCAGUCUAAGGGACAAGAUGCGAAACGAUUCGAGCACAUCCAAAAAGAAAGAAAAGGCUAAGAAGUAAUUCAUCGAUCUAAUAUUAGUGACUUAAUCCAAAUUGUAAUCGUAUUCGUAAUGUCAAAUGUUUUAUGUUAGUCGAUAUUGUUAAAAUAGUUAGACCAUGACUGUAAAGCCAAGAGGAAGCGCCACUCUGGACCUCUGGAGGGAAA